AUGGAUCCAUCACAUGCCCCUCAUCAAGGGACGAACCCGUCAGAUGCUUCAACCCCAAGAUGCUCUCGUAAAGGCUCGACUCAUAUCUCCAUAAAGUCCAGUUGGGGAACUCCUAUCCCUCCGCCCUCAGAUCUAAGAAGCCUGACGACUGAUGCCAACCAGGAGAUGUUUGAUGAUGUCGACUUAGAGGCCAACAACGCUGCCACACUCAACAGUAGUGCCGGGGAAGGUUGGAAUACCUUGGACAAUAUAGUUGCGUUAGGCCUAUCCAUCACUGCGGAGAGUGUCCAAAUUGACGAAGCGACUAAGCCCAAGCGAUUUUCUCUCGACGGGGCAGGAGAUUUCACGGAUACUUCUUUGCCUUUGGAUUCGGAGCUGCCCUUCAACAAGUGGAUAAAGGCCCUGCAGAAACGGGCCGGACAGAGGAGGAAGACCGUCCGUUGUGGUGCGGAUUAUUCUGCUGCAAAUCGAGAACCCCUCGAUUUUCCCGCUCCACACAGAAAGUCAGGUCACAAGAAGUCCUCUUCUGGAUCCUCCUUUGGCUUCGUAACCGCCGUUAAAAGCGCAAGUGUUAGUCUAGCAAGCUUUAGCAUUGCUCCUCGCUCCAGAACAGGGGUUUCGUUCUCUCGCCAUGGCAGAAAAGACCGUAGCAGCAAAACCCCCAACGACGGACGAUUCUCCGAAGAUAGUACAUACUCAGCUAGAGAUAUGGUCCUUGAGUCGGAUAUUGACCAGGCAGUCAUGAACCGCUCGAUACAACGCCGCCGAGUACUCGAGGAGAUAAUUGGCACCGAGGAGAGUUAUGUUGCCGAUAUCAAAUUUUUAAUGAAUGUUUAUGUAACUCUCCUAGCUUCUAUUCCGACUCUUUCGCCAAGUCUCAGAGCAUCAAUAAAUCAGAAUCUCAACGAGCUAGUCGAACUUCACGAAGAACUUCUUGGCGAGCUACAUCGGGUAGUUCCAUAUUCCGAAUAUACUCAGGUAGAUUAUAGAGAGUCGGUGCUAUCCCAACCACCCAACGGCCAAAUUAGAUGGGGGAGUCUUGAUGCGGUUCCUGAAAACGCUAGAGAGCCCCCCUGGCUUCAGAAGCUGCCCGGAAUGACCGCAGAACCUAAAGUUGCAGCGGACGUUGCCAAUGUAUUUUGUAGAAAGUUAAGUCGAUUCUUCAUAUAUGAAGAAUAUGGUGCGAAGUACGAGUUGAUGAUCAAGGAUGUGGCUUCAACUUAUAGGACUAUUCCACAGUGGGAGUCAUAUCAGAAAGGACUCGAGGCACUGGCAUCAUCCUUGGCUUCAAUCAGCAGCCAACAGAACAGUUCAAAGAAGGCACUCGCAAUCGGUGACCUAUUAGUCAAGCCUAUUCAAAGAGUUUGCAAGUAUCCUCUCUUAAUUGCUGAGCUGCUGGAGCAGACGCCAGUUUUUGACUGUCCCGACUCGCACUUGGCGAUCGGAAAUAUAUUAGUUAGACUUCGUGAGGCAACGACGGAAAUCAACAGAGCUACUAAUGACCCUCGAAUGAAGGAUAUCAUGGAAAAAUCCUGGCUUUUGCAGGACCGCGUUAUAUUUCCUGACAGGUCUAACGCCCGCUCGAAAAGCGCGGUCCGCUCGCUUAGGCGAAUCCAUCUUUGUGGCGUCUUGCACGUCUCCUGGCAAACUAAAGACGGGGCUGAUGGACAAUAUUUAAUCAGCUUGCUCUAUCGUGACUUCCUGUUGCUGGCUUCGGUUGCCAAAGCGGAUCAGCUUUACACAGUCCAAGCUUGUAUCGCGCUUAGUGAGCUUAAGGUGGAGGAAAUUGACAAUGGAAGAGGUUUGCAGUGCCAUACAGUGCCAUAUUCAUGGAAGUUGGUAUUUGAGUAUGACCACCAACUAUUCGAGAUUAUACUAAGUACCUGUUCUCCGAAAGAAGAGCUGGAAUGGCGAAGUCGAUUGACUAAUCACUCCCACAAAGAGCCUUUUGAUGCUGGAGAACAAGCGGUACUCACGUCCUUCUCCUUGCCGAUUAAGUCAAUGGGUACUGUUUUCGGAAAGCCAGGGACUGUUGCUAGAAGGCUAUCUACCCAUAGGGCAACAGUAGGCCCCAUGUCUGGACUUUGCCAGGUUAUUAUAAAAAAUACAACUGUCUCCAAAGAGCCAUCAUCUUCCACCAACAUCAAUAGAUCAUUGUCUGUUCUUACGACAAAUCGCAUUCCAGUUAUUGCCCCAUCCCGUGCCGAACGUAUCCGCCUCGAAAGUCUUCUUGCCGACGUAUGGACCCGAGAAGUUCUCCCGUAUCCCGGGAUGAGUGGUAGGGGUCGAGGCGAGCACCUUGUUCGCGCAUCCGCAAGCUCCAUGAUACGAAAGCUCAGUGUCGCAAGCAUCGCAAGCAACUUUAGCAAGCGCUCCAACAGUGUAUCAAGUUUACAGAAGGUCGCGGCCGAUGGUGCGGUGACUGAUAAGGAAAUUGUAGGCCCUGCUUCUACAGUCCCGGAAGGUCAGAGCUCAAGCGGAAUGAAUGGUAUGCCGGAAGCCGAUGAUGCUGCCAUGUCACGUCUGUCGGUGAUUCAAGACCAAAGGAAUAACAUCCGGAGACCAUCAGUCGAUAAUAUUUUGGCCUGCGCUAGUAUUCCACCUGAGAGUCCACCAAGUACUGGGAAGAGGAUGGGAACACCGACAAUUAAGAAGAGCUGGGGCCAUGAGGAACAGAGGAUAACCACCCCACCCCUGAGAACCUCAAGUGCGAAUAGCCUCAGCCAGAAGAGAACCGCUGCUCGGUCGAGUGGCGGAGAUGCACCGGUAGAAGAAAAGGAGAAUAUACCUCAGGUGCAGAUACGCCCAAUAUCCCAAACUCUACAACCGUCUGCGAAAAGGGACAAAAGUUCCACCAAAAGUAGCAGUAUGCUGUCAGAGGGCAUCCGCAAUUUCUUCCGCUGA